AUGGCUGGGGGGAACCACUCAAGUGUGACUGAAUUUGUCCUUCUGGGCUUCACCGACCUGCAGGAGCUGCUCUUUGUGGUAUUUUUACUCAUCUACAUCACCACGCUGGUGGGGAACCUGGGGAUGAUCAUCCUCAUCAGGACCAACUCUCAGCUUCAUGUGCCCAUGUACUUCUUCCUCAGCCACCUCUCUUUCCUGGACAUCUGCUAUUCUUCAUCCAUCAUGCCGAAGCUCCUGUCAGGCCUCCUUGCCGAGAGAAAUGUCAUUUCUUUCAAUGGUUGCAUCACACAGUUUUUCUUCUUUGCAGUAUUCGGCACCACAGAAGCCAUCCUUCUGGCCGUCAUGGCGUACGAUCGCUACGCAGCCAUCCAUGAGCCUCUGCACUACUUGGCUGCCAUGUCCCAUGGGGUCCGUGUCCAGCUGGUGGUGGGCUCCUACGCUGCCGGGAGCCUGAACGCCCUCGUGCACACCAGCGCUCUCCUCCGACUCUCUUUCUGUGGUCCAAAUGUUGUCAAUCAUUUCUACUGUGAAAUCCCACCGCUCCUGCUACUCUCGUGCUCCGACACCUGGCUCAAUGAGAUGGUGAUGGCCACAUGCAUUGGCUUCAUCAUAACAACCUCAGUCUUGGCCAUCAUUGUCUCCUACACUUGCAUCCUGCUCACCAUCUGGAGCAUCCGCUCUGUAGAGGGCAGGCACAAAGCCUUCUCCACCUGCACUUCCCACCUCAUGGCUGUUGUCCUCUUCUACGGUUCUGCGGCUUUCUUGUAUUUCCAUCCCUUUUCCAAACACACAGAUCAAGGGAAAACAGCCUCCAUCUUCUACACCAUGGUGACCCCCAUGCUCAACCCUUUCAUCUACAGCCUGAGGAACAAGGAGGUGAGGAGCACCCUCAGAAAAGCUAUGAACAAGCUUCUCUCUUGCAUGUAUUUCCACAGGUCCCGCUCUAACCAAACCAAAGUAGAUAUCACCUGCCACAGCAGAGCGAGCAGAAGAAAUAAGGCCGACACCUGA